UGCCACCUCUUGCCUCGCUCUUCACAGGUCAUCACCACGUCAUCACCUUCAGCUCCUAUCCUUUACUCGAGGUGUGUUGUGUUUGACCCAAAAAACAUCACGGAACUGGUUCUCACUCCUGCUUUUUGGCCUGCCCGUCGUGAGCCAGCCCGACUGCUGUUGCAGUUCGGAUUAAAGCUGUUACAGCGUACCGCGCACAGAGCUCCAGCUAACUGCUGCUGCUGCUGCCGUAGAUGCGAUGACCACCAACAUGCCCGUAAACGGGGCGCGGCCAAAGAUGAUCACUGCGGAUGGGAAUAAAUUCGAAGCGGCAACACCAACCACUCUUGCGCGGUUGGAGGAUCCACGGGCAUGGCACGCACGCGGGGAGGGGGGAAUACAGCGACCGAGACCUCGUCCCGGGAGUGGAGGAAUCGCCCUCCCCAUGGCCCCACCACUACCAAAAGGGCGAUCAGUUCCGCUGAAAAAGACGGUUCUCGAGGAGGAAGAGUACGUGGGGCGCCUGGGGGAGAUAAUUGAAGGGGACUACUUCCCUAAUAACGCCAAGAUGUAUCGAGCCCUCGCUGGGCUUGCCGACCAUGGCCAAGACCCCACACCUUCCCGCACACCGGCAGGUGGCUCCAUGGUAGGCACCCCUGUGACUGGGCUACGGAGUAGUCGCGAGUCUACUGAUGGGAAUGGCCUGGAGCUUCGAGUGAAUGGGGGCGAUUCGGAGGGACCAUCGUCCUCGAAAGACGCGGGAAACGGCGGCGCCCUCACCAAGUUCGUGGCGACACAUACGUCGGAGGACAACGAAGCCUUCGCCGAGCUACAGGAGAAAGACCAAGAGGCUUUUCGAAGGCGAUAUUUCUGGGCUUACGAUACCACACCAGACGGGGAGGGCAACAACGCCACGUCUACCAAAUUGUUGAUACUCCCCAACGGCAAGAUGAUGUCCGUCGAGCGGCGAGAGCAAAUGGACGCAGCUUGCGCAGAUCGUCCAAAAAUAGGAGAUUCACGACCAAAUCAGGUGAAGACCUGGAAGCACAGGACACGAAACCAGCUUAUGUUUUCUCCGAACUUGGCAGCGUCGAAUGAUGUAUGCAGAAUCGAGCAAGCGCCUACGGAGGCUGCUCAGCUUCUUGUGAAGGACGGGUCAACAUCGACGACGGCAAUAAUGCGAAGAGUAAUCAAGCAAUCGGAAGAGGUCGUGAAGAGGGCGGCGCGGGCUACAGCAACAUCUACCAAAGAAUCUGCAGAUGGCGACUGCAAUUCUUCAGAGUCGUCCGGGGCAGCCGCAGUAACAGCAGUCGCGGUAACUGGAGGAGGUUAUUCUUCCUCGCCCUUUAGCGACGAAGCUCUCACCGCGACUCCCUACCAACCGCACCAGGGCGAUCCUGAAAAUCAUUCUUCGGGGCCACCGAACGCAGGAGUAUCGACACAGCGGACCGAAAUGGACGAACCUUCACAUUGCCCGCCUUGCGUAGACUCGAACAAAGGCGUUGAUGAUUUUGGAUCAUCGGAAUCACGGACCGAUGAGCCGCCCGCACCACAACGACCAGCACCACCAGUGUCGCGCGGUGCGGUAGUCGUCAAAGCGAACCCCAAGGUUAUUCAGGCCCAUGCAACGAGGUUCCCGGUCCCCGCCCCACGCAAACCAAGCCGAGGGUAUUGGGCAUCCCCAAUUGAGAAGCCGUCGUCGUCGCGGGAAUCCGUUGCGGAGCUAUUGGCGGGAACGGCGGACUCAUCGGGGUACGAGGAAGUACCUAUGACACCUUCGAGAGUACCAGGCGUGGAUGGAGACUCUCCGCAGAUCACUUGGGGUUCCAUCGACGGCACUCCCAUCAUCCUCGACCCGCGUGCAACUCCUCUCCCAGAGGCCGGCAGGGGGGCCAUGGACGUGGCGAGCUUCAUGGAGACACUUGGAGGCGUCGUUGGCGGGGCUGGCCACCAGCAGUUCGAGAUUAAAGAUCUCCCUGCGCGAGACAAGCUUGCGCACCGCCUCGAGGCCGUAGACACUCGCCGGAAGCGAGCGAAGGUUGGGGCCGGCGCGGCCGCAGACGGACGGGGGACGCACACGCCCGCGCCGGCAACACCGAUGACCCCUCAGACGCCCGGCACAGGACGACGAACCCCCGGGACGGGGAAACGAACGCCCAGGGGUGGGAGGACACCUGCGAAGGGAAAGGGAAAGGGAAAGGCUGCGGCAGUGACGCCCGCCGCUCGAAGCCUGGCGGCGAGGCUAGCUCAGCGGCAGAGCGCCGACACACCUUUCGGCGGUGAGCUCACUCCUGGACGGCAAAGAAGGCGAACCAACCGCUCGGGGGGGGGGGCUGGUGCCAACAGGGGGGGGCUAACACCUCUGCCGGCUUCGCCUGCCCCGGCAAAGGGGAAGUCGGGCGCGGCUGAAGGCAAAAUAUCGUCGCUUACGGAUGGGCUGUUGACCUUGAAGUGAAUCAACGCGUUUCCGUUCGUUGUUACAAUACGGUGAUGUUGCCGUUGGUGGGGUGUUGUUGAUGACAUGUACCCUCGCUGGUGGGGGUUUACGCUGUCACUACCCAGAGGACGGCUGGCGCAGAAUAGGGUCCAGUAAAAAGAAGGUAGAUAGCGUCUGUAAAUUUAGGGGUGAUUUUUGAGCGUUUGUCGUAGAAAGUGACGUACUCUUGCUCGACAAUCGUAGCGGUGUCGCUAAAGGAUGACAGUUCUUUUGCCAUAUGAGGGGAGGAUUUGCCGCUCUUUUGGUGGCACGAACAGCGAAUCGGAGCUGGAUUGCAAAGCUGGUUUGUCCUUGUGUUUGCAACGUAUGCAGCAACUUGAUCACACACCCACAAAGCUUUGUUGUGUGUGGUAUUCACUUCACACCU